UCUGCGGCGCGUCUCGUCGUCAUGUUUUGCCUGCCUCGUUUGUCUGGCACGCAAACCCGCGCAAAGACUGGCCGGCCUUGUUUACAAUUAGCGUUGUCACAUUUCUCGCUCUCAGGAUAUAAUCCUCUCAAUUGAGUGGAAGAGUCCGAAGGACAAAUUAACGCUGCACAGAGUUUACGUGCGACCCACUGAGGAAUCCGACAGACACACUCCUCAGCUCUUUUGAAUCGACGACAGAGAAUGGCCGAGGCCGACGUGCGAAACAACGGAGACCGGAACGGCGUGUCCGCCGACGAGGAAGAGUAUCGCCACUUUUUGCGAAUUAUCAACGCCUACAAGCGAUACAAAAUCUGCAGCUUGAACAAGUUGGCAAAGACCGAGAAGUAUUUGUGCGAACUGCCAGAGCACCACCGCGAAUUGUUGUCCGGCUACAAGGAGCACCUUUACCGAGUGUCCGACUGCAUCGCCAGAAAUGACUUGGUCAUCCAGCAAAUUUUGCAACACGUCAACAUGUUUGAAGAGGCGUCGCCAUUUCAAGUUUCGAUGAGAGAGGAAAAAGACAUUGGGCCUCCGACUCUGGGGGAAAUCGACAAGGUGAUAGCCACCAUCAAACAGCUAGUCCGAGACUGGAGUAAAGAUGGAGAGGAAGAGAGAAACGCUUGUUACCUGCCCAUUAUCGAGGAAAUCCAGAGACAAUUUCCUGAUGAUCCUCUUAGACCCAAGGACGAAGUGAAAGUUCUUGUGCCUGGGGCUGGUCUAGGGAGACUGGCGUUCGAAAUUGCAAGCCGGGGGUACGUCUGCCAAGGAAACGAAUUUAGCCUUUUCAUGCUGCUGGCCUCAAACUUUGUUCUGAACAAAUGCUGUGGAGUCAAUUUGCAUUCAAUUUGUCCUUGGGUCCAUCAGAGUAUUAACGUUUUGAAGGCUGAUGACCAGGUCAAAGAAGCCUGGUUUCCGGAUGUUAAUCCAGCAGAUAUUUUGUGCGAGGACGGUCAAUUCUCAAUGGCUGCUGGAGAUUUCUUAGAGAUUUACAAAGAGCCUGACGCUUGGGACUGCGUUGCGACCUGCUUUUUUAUUGACUGCGCUCACAACAUUGUUGAGUUUGUGGAGACAAUAUAUCGAAUCCUCAAGCCAGGUGGGGUUUGGAUCAAUUUGGGCCCUCUUCUGUACCACUUUGCGGAUAUGAGAGGAGAAGACUCAAUCGAACCGAGUUUCGACAUCCUCAAAGACAUUAUCAUCAAGUUUGGUUUUGAGUAUUUGAAAGAUGACACUAAAGUAUUGAGCUCGUACACACAGAAUCCAAAGUCCAUGAUGAAGUACACAUACGAAAGUGUUUUCUUUGUGUGUAGAAAGCCAAGCGAGACAGAAGAAAUGGUUUCAAGCAGCUGAACCCUAGCCACAAACAUAGAGUGUGUGUUAAGUGUUGAAUGCCAGCAGGAGAAGGUACACCAAUUAAUUUUUUUAUCUUUGAAAUAAAAGCAUCAAGAGUUAACUGAUUUUGACAAAUCAAUAUCAAAAACUUUACAUUGUAACAACCAUUUUAUUGCU